AGCACACCCACGCACCCAGGCACGCAAGCACGCACGAACGCGCGUUCGCUCCGUGACACCUUUUGAAAGCCGCCGUUUGCCGAGCCGUCCCCUGGCCGUCCCUGCCGACCCGCGGGAUUACCGCGAAGCCCCGGGGGGGGGGAGGGGCUCUGACUAAGCGAUCGCCCCGCGGGGGAAGGUAACUCAUUAACGCUCCGCCAGCCUCGGACGACACGUCACGCCGGAUCCUCCGCUGCCGGCAGGAGGGGGGCGGGCGGCGGCGCGGUCACACGAUCACCGGCGACACCGAGCCGAGGGACAGCGAGCGGGCGAGCGAGCUGAGAGAGAGAGAGAGGGAGAAAGGGAGAGGAGGACAGGAGGAAAUAGAGGCUGAAAUUAGAGAGUGAAAUAGAGAUAGAGAGAGAGGGAGAGAAAGCGAAAGAGAGAGCGUGAACGGCACAGAGGAGCGGCUCGCACCGGAUCGCGUGCAGGCGGUUGUCCGGGGAGGGAACAGGCACACGCUCGCACGCUCGCUUGCACGCACGGCGGGAUGGACCCUGCGGAGGACUACAAGUCGCCAUUCAAUUUUGAGCAGGGCGUGAACGCCAGUUACCUGUACCUGUCUCCCACUGACAGCGUCACACCCCCCGGCUCCCCAGGAGCGCCGGUGAGAGGUACACCCAGACCAGACUCCAUUCCGGAGGUGGGAGAGGACGCUGGGGCCGCCGUCGGGGUGUCGCCCACGGCCCUGACGCAAGAAGAGCAGGAGGAACUGCGCAACGAGCUAGCUAAGGUGGAGGAUGAGAUCCAGACUCUCUCUCAGGUCCUGGCAGCGAAGGAGAAGCACGUGGCGGAAAUCAAGAGGAAGCUGGGGCUGUCUCCGCUCAACGAGUUCAAGCAAAACAUCUCCAAGAGCUGGCAGGAGGUCACCACGUCCGUCGUCUACAGGAGGACCUCGGAGACCCUGAGCCAGGCGGGGCAGAAGGCCUCGGCCGCCUUCACCACCGUGGGCUCGGCCAUCAGCCGCAAGCUGGAGGACGUCAGAUUACAGAGCCUUUCCAAUUCCUUUAGCAUACACUCCAUACAGCACUCUAUUAGCAUGCCUGCUAUGAGGAACACUCCCACAUUCAAGUCCUUCGAAGGGAGGGUGGAUACUUUAAAGACCAAGAUCAGCCCCGCGGAGUCGACCGGAGAUUUCGGCGAGGUUCUGAACUCCACGGCCAGCGCCACCCCGGCAGAGGCCGCGCCCGAAGUGACCCCGGCAGACAGCGAGGAGCCCCACUGAUGGGCCCCCCCCCUCCCUGGGGCUCCCCUCUCGCCCCGCCCCCUCCUCCUCCCUAGUAUUUGGCCCCCCCAACCACAAAAAAACCAAAGGCAAAGAACAGAAUAAGUCUGUACUCGUGCACCAGGUUCUCAUUCGUGUCCCCAUUUAACAUUUUUUUUAUGUUACAUGAGUCUCUGAACAGAUGGUCAGGGCACAUUGACAUCUAUUUGUGCUCACAUGGUAAUUACUUUAAUCGGUUAGGAAAAGGCACAUAUUGACGAGGCACGCAACACACAGGAGUUAAUGUUCAGCAAGGCCGAGAAGCAAAAAGCCUCGGCUGAAGAAGCUAAUGUCCACCUCAUGCGGGUUUGGGGGGGCGGGGGGCAGGGGGCAGGUAGUGGUUCAGUUCAUAAUUUUUGGUCCAUUUAGCUUUUUUUUCUGCAUUUAAAAAAUAUAUAAUCGGUUGAAUAAUUAGUCUGGGUGAGAACAGUUCAGGCAGUCUUACACACUGAAACAGUAGACACUACUCAUAUUCUCUAUUCUCUGUCUUUUCCGUUAUUUAAGUCUGACCCAGGGCACCUUAGGUUUUACAUACCCGCUUAUGACGCUGUGUAUUCGCACAAGGACUUUGGGUUAAAUGCUUUGUUUGAGGGCUUAGCAGCUGCUUCCCAACAGAACCUGCAACCUCCUGGUUUUGAGCCCAAUUUUUUGGCGCACCGCACAGCCACCCUCCUCACACUAUGAGAGUGGGGGUUCACCAGUUAGUACUCAUGCAUAGGUCAUUCUCGUCCUUAUGUGUGAUCAUUUCGCUACUAGCCAUUUUCUCCUUGACAUUAGCCUUUGGCCGAUUAAAUAUACUGGAGAAGCUGAUUAAUCUUCUUAGGAACUUGUUACAUCAUAAUGUAGUAGCUACUGUCACUUUAUUUUUUUGUCCUGCUUGUCUGAAAUUGAGUAAUAUCGCUAAAUGUUUUGAAUAAUAUUGUUACUCUCGCCUUUCUCACGCCUGAAAAGUUCACUUAGUUUUUAAGAUAAUAUAUAUGUAGAAAACAUGCGGAAAAUGGUUUAUUAUUUGAUAUCUGAAGACCAAUUCUGCCCUCUUUCUGUGUUCUAGUCUGUACAUAACACUGUGGUUUAGCUAUAAAAACGUACGCUGAGAUAGACUAUAUGAGGCAACGAGUGCCAUUGGGUGCUGUUAUGGCAACAUACUCACCCUUAUCAACAAAGAUAGCCAGUAGAGAUGUUUGCAAUCCCCUGGAGUCACACUUUCAGGCGAAAACUUGAAUGGGUUCAGUUCAGAGCUAAAGCUGCAGUACUAUUGCUGCAGUACAUGUUACAGAUGCUUUGGUUCACCUGUCCAGAGGUUAUCCAUCUCUAAGCCAACUCCAGUUUUUUGGAAGGUCAAGUCUGCUGAGCAUGCAGAUUGUAGCAUGCUGCUUACAGUUGGAUGCACUUCUUGUAAAGCUGUCACUUUGAGGAGGUCAAGGUACUUGACCAGAUUGUUCCAGGGCCCUGUACGAUUGGACGAACUUCUUUAACAACGUUACAUUUACCAAAUAAACCUGAUUCAAGACAUUCGGGUGACAGUGUUGGUCCUGUGUAGCAAAGCUUGCUGUGCCCCCAGUCAGUAUCGGGGUUGUAAUUGAAAUGCUGAUAUUCCUCAUUUAAGGACGCCAUCUUCUUUCUGUUUGUAAUAUUUCUGUUGACAGCCAUAUGAAUGCCACAAUCCUGAGUGAGCCACAUCAUUUUUCUCUGAAUUUAUUUCUUUCCAGUCAUUUCCAUUCCUUCUAUCCUGUCACUUUAGGUAUUUCACUUUGACGCUGGAUGUGAUGAUUUAGUAGAAGAAUUUAUUAUUAUGAGAAUGUAUUAUGGCUAGUAUAAUUCUUGUCGAGGGAGGCUGGCACGCGCGUUCGUGUACAGCUGAAUCGGGUUAACCGCCUCUCUUGGGAAAAUCCGCAUUGGAGAUUGUUAUGUUAGGUUUUAGGGUAACUGAGCCAAAGCAUAUUUAUCUACUGUGCCAAUCAUGAGAUCUACUACCAAUUUAAAUACGUUUAUAGUCAGCGGACAGUCAUUGUUUUAUUUGUGUAGGGGUAUUAAGUGAAAUAUAUUUAAUAUAUUUCAUGGUUUAUAGCGUAUUGUACUCUGUCCACCUCUAUACCUGUAAUUCUAAUACUGAAUGAUGAAUGCUCGCAAUUUCUAACAGCAAAAGGCCGAUGGAACUGGGGAUCCUUUUAGAGAUAUAGUGGAGAUGAUAUGUAUGAAUGUAGUCUAUAAAUGAUUGUUAAUACACUAAUCGGCUAUAAAGGGCUGUGGCUGAGAUUGUUUUUUUGUUGUUGUUGAAGAUUCUACUUUCAGAAGGGUGCCUGCGUGUCUUCAAUUCACUUUGCUCUUUAUGGUCACAGAUUGGACAUGGCAUUUCUUUCUUUAACUUAAUUACGUUAACCGAAUUAAAUUUAGGGGUCACGUUCCAGUUUAGGGUAAUAUGGACGACAGUUAAGCGAGGCUGUUGUGCAACCAUGAUUCCAGAUUGAUUCAGACAUUUUGUGGAAGUGUUGAAGUAGAUACUUUGUGUCAGGCGUUUGAGAGCCAGCUUACUGAUCCAUGUUGAGUUUUCCCCGUGUGGGAUUGCAGUAGCCUUGGUAGUGUUUACACAUCUCGUGCGUGAUCGCAGUCUUCUGCCAUCAGUUUCCCCACCUGACAGCUGUCAGUCCUGCUGGGUGUCACUCACACGUUCUGCACACUCGACUCCGUGGAGACCGGUGAAAUUCAGCCAUCUUAUAAAGAAAGCAAAAAUUAAAGAGAAAAAUAAACAAUGCUGUUGUCCUGCUGAGGUUUGGAGCUUGCAAAAAAAAAAGGUGAACGCGUAAGUUAACAGUAAAACUUUAUUUGCUGGUGUGAGUUUAAGUAGGCUGUACCACAAGGCCUAAAGCUUUAGCAAACAAAUGCAAAUGUAUCUUUGAUUGCAGUCCAUUGUGGCAUUACCAGUUUCCCUUUCUCCGGAGAGUAGGCAACUUUGUCCCACUUUGAAUGGAAGCAGAGCUUUCUGUUCUCAUAAUGGCAGUGUGUGAACACGUCUCACGUGGAAAUGUCCUGCGUACAUUCCAGUAGUACACACGCAUUCCCGUUUGCCACUUUAUUGACUAGGAAACCUGGAGCUGCAAAUGAAGCCAGCAUUAAGUGAAUGACAGCUGCAUGUUGUCAGUGUUUUCCAGGAGUGAUAUUGCUGCUCUGUUGCUUUCUGUGCUCUGUGUAGUACAUGAUGCUGUGUGGCCACUACUACCAGUAAUGGUGGACAGGGUCGCCUGAUUUGACAUCUUGUAACCACAUUUGGUGAUUGUAAAAUGAAUGCCUGUUUAAUUUUUCCCCCCCUUUAUUUACCGUUUGCUGAAAAAUCAACACCUAGGCUGUAUCCAAGAGGGUCAUAAUACAUUGCCAGCACGACCUUAUUUGGUUCUAUGUCAAAUGCUAAAUAAAACAUAAUAAAAGCACAAAAACUGC